GCCACUACAGUGCUGUUGGCAGGAAGCGAAGGGGGGAGGUGACUGAGAGCAACAGAGAAAGGAAACUCCAGAGAGAGAGAGAGCUCAUUCACAUCAACCACAGCUGACAAAAAAAACCCCACAAAGUGCACGUCAGGAUUUUUUGCAGACAUGACUUCGUUUCAGGCUGGACAAAGAGCUCUUUCACCUUCUGCCAAUGUGAUAACGGCCUCCGCCACUUUUAUAAAAGCCACAGGCAGCACUGGUGUCCUGCGGCUCCUCCUGUUGGGAAUACUUCUGCCAUCAGUAUUAGUGUCAGGCCAAAAUUCCACCACAUCUAAUACUCUGAUGCCCUCCAAUUCCCCCACAUCAACCAGCCAGUCCCCCAACUCUACCACCAUCAUAACCACAAACACUUCUGACACCUCUGUGGCCACAACCACCGACAGCACCACCAACCAGCCCACUAUGAUGACCACUGGCAGCACGGCCUCCACUGCAGCCACAACAAACACCGGCACCACCAGCCAGCCCCCCACAGCCACCAGCACCUCCGGAAGCACACCAGCCUCUACUACCCAGUCUGCCAAUUUCACCACCUUUGGAGCUACUUUAACAGCCAUGACCGGCGGCACAGUGACAGGCUCAGGUUCAACCAUGUCACCUUCCUCCAUGACCUCAGGCUCCGGUGCCCCGACCUCAAUGAUGUCCACCCCUCAGUCAUCUGAAACCAUGAUGCCAAAUUCUACUACAGUGAGCAUGAUAUACUGCCCCUCAUUCAUGUGUAACUACUCAGACUGCUACGCUAUGUACACCAGUCAGAAUGCCACUUCAUGCUCUGCUGAUGCCUAUUGUCAGCUGGUAAGACAGACGGACAUGUGCUACACCGUGAACUGCAGCGCCUUCUGCGCUGAGCGCUGCACCAACGAGUCUCAGACCAACUGCUCUGUGAACUGCUGCAAUUCCACCGACUGCCUCAACGGCAGUUUUGCGGCCAUGAUGAUGAGCACAACCACAGUAAUUGCAACAACGACAAUGGAGAUAAAAACAACACCAGUCGCUACAACGGCUGCCACCAGUGCACAAACGACAGCGGACAAUGGAAACAAAUGCCAUAGUGGUACAUGCACUGGGAAAACUUGCUACAAAGAGUUUGCAAAGACAGUCCAAACAUGCUCCUCCUCACAGCUGCACUGUCAGCUGAAAAAGGAGACUGUAAAUUCCAACAUGCAGUGGACAGCAGGUUGCACCACCAACUGUUCUGGCCAAACCCCAUGCAAGACCUCCACACAACCCCCAUGUCAUCUAGAGUGCUGCAACGCCACUACAGCCUCCUGCCUAUGGUUGAAUGGCACCCUGAAUGUCCUCUCUUUCGCCACAAGAGGUCCUCACCUCAACACAGAAUUGAUCGCUUCCUUAAUUUGCCUGCUCGCCAUCACUCUGCUGCUGUGAGUGACUGAGUACCAGCUUGUGCUCAGCUUCUGUGCGGAUCAUUAGGUAGCCAGAGCUUUGUGUAACCCCCACUUCCUCCAAAAAGAAAAGCUUAGCAGUGCAGAGGUAAACACUCAUUUACACCCUUUUUAUUCAUAUGUGAUUGUUCUGUACAGUAUAUAUUUAUGUAAUAUAGUAAAGCCUAACAUCACAAUGUUGAUUCUCUUUCUUGUUUAAUUAAAACUUCGCAAUCAUGUUUUAUCUCUGGUUCAAGACCAAUGAAAAAUGUCUUUGAACAGUAUUUCCAGAUGACAGUCAACAAUAUCAAAACACGCCAGAAGCAACCCAGUCUUCACAUCACUGCACACUUAGGGUGCAAAUCCAUUACUAAAAUUAUUUAUUCAAAUGAGUUUUCUUCUCAGUGAAGUUUUAAGAAAUAGCUUUCAUUUGGUGAACAUGUUGUAAUUUGUUUUAGCCAUGACCUUGCCCAUAACCUGACUCCUUAAAGAAAGCCAAAAACAGAUUUUGUUUGCACCUUGCCACUCUAAAGGUGCGAUGUGUAAAAUAUGGCCAGAAUAAGACAAUGUGAAAAAGUAACAGUUCUGAUGUUAUGUCAAAGACGUCUACGACGUCUCGCUCUUCUCCCGCCUCACGCCUCUUCUGUUCUAACUAACGAGCUAAUGCCAAAUAGUUACAUCCAAAGAUAGCUGCAGCAAUUAGCAGUUAGCGGUUACUCUGCCGAUAUGCUGCCCCCUGUUUGUUUGGAGUGAGCUUUGACAGGUGGCCAUAUCUUACAUGUUGUGCCUUUAAACUGAUUGUUGACUAAUCUUAAUUUUGGAAGGGGUGAGUGAGCCUAAACAUGACGUUGCUGUUAAUGUGAUUAUGUUUUAUGACCAAAACCUCUCUCUAGUUAUCGUUUCUUCAAGCCAUUGUGAGAGUGACGCAGCUGCGACUCCAUAUGCACUUUAUGAAACACAAAUGUUGAGCUGUUACAGGGUGUUGUGAAGGUUUGCUGAAGCAUUUCUGUAGAUGUAUUCAGAAUGAAAUGUGCAAUUUAGCACUUUCGGCUCCUGAUAUUUUUGUGAAUCGUGAGUAAGAUGUCUAUACUGUGUGGUUUACAAAGUAUAUUUUAAGGCAUAAUGGUCUCAUAUAAAUGUUAAUGAAAUCAGAUUAUUGUAGUUUUGUGUACUGUAUAAAGUGGAUUUUGUCUUAAAACUAA